GACCGUGGAUCGCGCUACGAUAGCGCGAUCCACGGUCCGCCCACGGUCCCCCCUUGCGGUGUGAACAGCCUCUAUGACAUCCCAUAUGCGGCCAUUUUGAAGUCUCCAUGGGUAUAUAGUGAUUACCAAUAUUUACAACUUAAAAAAAAAAUCAUAACUUUCUUUUUGUUUGUCCAAUAUUGUUCAAACUUUCACCUAUCAACUUGUCUGAGUUUUCUUUUUCUUAUAAAGACAAGUUUUUAUUUGAGUUGGAUUCCCCUUUAAAUUUCAAAAGGACUCCCUCUCGUCAGAGACUGGGGGCUAAAAUCUCAUAGGAGCCAUGAGUUCGUUACCCACAACAUAAAAGGUUUUUGACACCAUAGGUAGUUAGCAUCCCUCGAUCACUGCUAGCUCGGAUGCUUCAUACCAUUGAUGCGAGCUAUGGAGACAUCAACGGUCGCCUGAUAGCUGAUCUAGGAUGUGGCUGUGGGAUGUUGAGUAUCGGAGCGGCAAUGCUGGAAGCAGGUCUGUGCAUAGGGUUUGACAUUGAUGACGAUGCCCUGGAGAUCUGCCAGAGGAACUGUGAAGAGUUUGAGCUUGUCGGGGUAGAUACUGUCCAGUGCGACCUUACCAAGAUGGAAGCGGGUUCUUGGAGUAAGAAGUUUGAUACCGUCAUCAUGAACCCUCCCUUUGGAACAAAACACAACAAAGGGAUUGAUAUGCAGUUUGUACAACUGGGUCUAGAGAUGGCAAUGAAUUCUGUGUAUUCAUUACAUAAAUCUUCAACAAGGGAGCAUAUAGAGAAGAAGGCAGUGCAGUGGGGUGUCGAUUGUGAGGUCAUUGCAGAGUUGCGGUUCGAUCUCCCCUCUUCCUACAAGUUCCACAAACACUCUUCGGUAGACAUAGAAGUGGACUUUGUACGCUUCUCCUUUCCAUCUCUCAUGUCCAACAAAGAACAAAAGAAGAAGAAAAAGCUGAAGGCAUCUGGUACAUGAUGCAAAACAAAAGAACAAAAUCAAAUGAUGAUAUCACGCAGCACUUUGGGCUUGCAAAGAACUUAGCUCUGAUGAUGAUAUGCUACUCUUGAAGAGCACCAUGGACACAUGGUAUGUCAUAAGCGCUUCUGAGGGACUUUCCUCUUGCUGCUUGAGCCGAGCUCUGGCAGCUGUAAUACUGGGCAGGCUGCAAGAGGUUGAGAGUGGAAACUGCAGGAGAAUUUCUUGCCACAGGAAAUUGGUGCCAUUACAUGAUUCAAACAUCUAUCCCUGUGGCUUAUGAACCAGAGACGGCUCUUCCAGGGGCCCGUCGCAGAGAUGCUAUUAUAUGCAAUUCUAAAUAUCAAACGCAGUUUGAUUUUCAACCAUUGAAACACACAUAUUAGGGACUUGCGCUUGAUAUUUUUUCUUUUGUUUUAAUAAGUGCAACUCUUCUGCAUCAUGCUCCUGGCCACAUGAUUUGAAAGUGCAAUAGCUCUGGUUUUUGUCUCACCUGCAUAGCAGAGUGAGACUAUAGGCGCCGCUUUUCCGACGGCGACGGCGGCGGCGGCGAUGGCGGCGGCGGCGUCAACACCAAAUCUUAACCUGAGGUUAAGUUUUUGAAAUGACAGCAUAACUUAGAAAGUAUAUGGACCUAGUUGAUGAAACUUGGCCAUAAGGUUAAUCAAGUAUUACUGAACAUCCUGCCUGAGUUUCAUGUCACAUGACCAAGGUCAAAGGUCAUUUAGGGUCAAUGAACUUAGACCAUGUUGGGGGAAUCAACAUCAAAAUCUUAACCUAAGGUUAAGUUUUUGAAAUGUCAUCAUAAAUUAGAAAAUAUAUGGACCUAGUUCAUGAAACUUAUACAUAAGGUUAAUCAAGUAUCACUGAACAUCCUGCAUGAGUUUCACGACACAUGACCAAGGUCAAAGGUCAUUUAGGGUCAAUGAACUUUGGCCGAAUUGGGGGUAUCUGUUGAAUUACCAUCAUAACUUUGAAAGUUUAUGGAUCUGAUUCAUGAAACUUGGACAUAAAAUAGUAAUCAAGUAUUACUGAACAUCCUGUGCAAGUUUCAGGUCACAUGAUCAAGGUCAAAGGUCAUUUAGGGUCAAUGAACUUUGGCCAAAUUGGGGUAUUUGUUGAAUUACAGCCAUAAAUUUGAAAGUGUGUUGGUCUAGUUCAUAAAACUUGGACAUAAGAGUAAUCAAGUACACUGUAUCACUGAACAUCCUGUGCGAGUUUCAGGUCACAUGAUCAAGGUCAAAGGUCAUGUAAGGUCAAAGAACUUUGGCCACGUUGGGGGUAUUUGUUGAAUUGCCAUCAUAUCUCUAUAAGUGUAUUGGUCUAAUUCAUAAAACGUGGAAAUACGAGUAACCAAGUAUCACUGAACAUCUUGUGCGAGUUAUAGUAGUUUUCAAAAUCAGCACUGCUGCUAUAUUGAAUCGCGUGAUGCAGGUGAGACGGCCAGAGGCAUUCCACUUGUUUACAAUGAUCUUCAAAUUAAAAGGACAGAAAUUCAAA